CAACCGUGUCAAUUUACAAACUACAGUGUUGGCAAGAAAGAUGUCACUUUUGUCAAGUUCACGGCUAAAAAUAUCCGGCUCCCCGUCGGACUCCAAUCAGAUCUGCCUCCUUUCAAUAUCCAGCUAGCGAAGUACGAUGGCUGCCGGAACUUUAUACACUUAUCCCGAGAAUUUUCGUGCGUACAAGGCGCUCGUAGCGGCUCAAUAUGCAUCUGCCAACGUCAAAGUUGCAAGCAAUUUUGUGUUUGGGGAAACCAACAAAACCGCAGACUUUUUAAAGAAGUUCCCCACAGGAAAAGUUCCGGCAUUCGAAUCAAAUGAUGGCAAGUGCUUAACCGACGGCAACGCAAUUUCAUACUAUGUGGCCAAUAAUCAGCUGCGCGGUGGCAGUGAUUUUGAUAAAGCACAAGUAUUGCAAUGGAUGAGUUUUGCUGACAAUGAAGUUUUGCAAGCUGCUGUCCCCUGGGUGUUCCCUGUAAUGGGAAUUGUACAGUACAACAAGAAUAACUUUGAGAAGGCCAAGGAAGAUGUGAAGGCUAUCAUGAGUGUGUUAAACACACAUCUGUCCACAAGGACAUAUCUUGUUGGUGAAAGAAUCACACUGGCAGAUAUCAGUGUGGCUUGCACCUUACUGCAUCUGUACUCCAAGGUGAUGGAUCCCGCAUACCGUAAGCCAUAUUCACAUGUCAACCGUUGGUUCCUCACUGUCGUCAACCAGCCACAAUUCAAAGCUGUCAACGGCGAACCUAAAUUGUGCGAUAAACCGGCUGAAGUAGAUCCUAAGAAGUUCCAACAACAACAGCAACAAUCAGCUGCUCUUAAUAAUCAUGUGGAAAAUAACAAAUCUAAUAAUACUACAUCUGAAACUAAAACUAGUAAAAAGAAGAAGAGCAAAGCAAAAGAUAAUAAGAAGGAACAGAAGAAGGAAGAAAAGAAAGAACAAAAGAAAGCUACUCCCAAGAAGGAGAAAGAACCUGAAGAAGAAAUGGACGCUGCCGAGGCCGCACUUGCCGCUGAACCUAAAAGCAAGGAUCCCUUCGAUUCCCUCCCCAAAGGCACAUUCAACAUGGACGACUACAAGCGUUGUUACUCCAAUGAGGAUGAAUCUGUCUCAAUUCCGUACUUCUGGGAGAAGUUCGACGCCGAGAACUAUUCCAUCUGGAUGGGCGAGUACAAGUACAACGAGGAACUCGCCAAGGUGUUUAUGAGCUGCAACCUUAUCACCGGAAUGUUCCAACGUUUGGAUAAAAUGCGUAAACAAGCCUUUGCGUCGGUGUGCCUAUUCGGCGAGGAUAACAACAGCAGUAUCUCCGGUAUCUGGGUGUGGAGAGGCCAAGAAUUGGCAUUCCCCCUCAGCCCCGACUGGCAGAUCGAUUACGAGGUGUACGACUGGAAGAAACUUGAUCCUAAGUCUGAGGAGACGAAGAAAUUAGUCGCGCAAUAUUUCUCAUGGACUGGCACCGACAACAAAGGCCGAAAGUUCAACCAGGGCAAGAUCUUCAAAUAAUAAGCGCUUUAAGAGAUUCCCGAGAGCCCAACGCUGUAACAUCUUCUUUUCUUGUAAAGAUACUUCUACUCAUUUGUAAAUUAAAGGCAGAUCAUGUUGUGUGGGAGAAACAAUUUUCGUUUUGUUAGAUUUGUUGGGUUUGUUAUUCUGGUCAGCUGGAUUGUGUUUCACUCUUUACUUUUGAUGAACUGUUCUGUAGAGGCUGUUACAGCUUGGUCUGUCAACUUUGAUCCCGGUUUAUAAUUUAUUUUUUCAACGGUUCGUAAUGCAAAUCGCGACUUGUCACAAUUUUAAUAAAGAUUCAAUCUAAUAUGAAAA